AUGAAUGAUCAAGACAUUGGCGAUAUAAACUCAGUCCUUCGGUAUUUAUCCGGCCAAAUUUCAUUCAAUGAAUGGUCACAAAGUGGUGCACUUCCAUUACUACUGGAUGGCCAUAUCCCUCCUACCGAGUCAGAUACAGAAGCUCUUACAGAAGACGAAGGUGCAUCGAGUGAUAAUAUUGAUGAAGCUGAUGAUAUAUCUAAUGCAUCUGAAGAUACCGACGAAGAACCUUUACUACCGAUGGCAAUAUCAGAAGAUGAUGAAGAUAAUUACGAUGAAACAGAUGACGAAGAGAUAAAUUUUGAUAACAUUGGCGACGUUGGCAACCUUCAAGACCAAAAUUUACAUAGAAAUAUUGAACCUCAAUUAGGCAGUAUGGGUCAUGCAGGCAAUGAAAUACCUAAUAGUGAAGGGAUGGAAUCUAUUCAAAAUUUGAAAGUAGGCAAAGGAAAUCAAAAUCAAGCUACUAGUUCUAAAAUAUAUCAAAAUAAAUUUCUUAUUAGCUUUUUUGAGCCAUAUCGAAAGCGAAAUCGUGUUCCUGAUUAUUUAACUGGAUUGAUGGGAGAAGCUAAUUUAUGCCUUGCGCGUGGAAAUUUAACGGAAGCUGAGAAAAUGUGUAAGGAAAUCAUACGACAAGCACCUCAUGCUUCUGAUCCAUAUGAAACAUUAGCUAUGAUUUAUGAAGAAAACGGAGAUGAAGAGAAAGUGGUUCAAUUGCAGUUAAUUGCUGCUUAUUUAAAUCGCCGUGACGCUUCCCAGUGGGUACAUUUGGCUCAAAUGUCAUUGGAACAAGACAAUAAGAAACAAGCGUUAUGGUGUUAUAACAUGGCUGUGAAAGCUGACCAUGGAAAUAUACAAAUUUUAAAUGAGAGAGCAAGAUUAUGCAUUCAAAUGGACAAUAUUAAAGGGGCAGCGGAAACUUUUGAGAUGAUAUUAAGAAUACUGAAAACUCAUCAAGGAAUGGAUUAUUUUGAUUAUUCAAAACAAAUAGCUAAGCUACAUCAUUCAAAAAAGCGAACUGAAAAAUCUAUUGAAGUUUUAGAAAGGGCCUUUAGGAUACAUCCCGAAGCAAGUCAUCCAGAAGCUAUUAACAUGUUGGCUGAGUUGUAUGUUGUCAAGAAAGAAUAUAAAUCUGCUUUAGAGCUCAUCUGCUGCAAUUGUGGAUUUGAGUCACCAUUUACAUUGCUGUUAAGGGACUCGCAAGAGAUUAAUCGCCCGGAUGCUGAUAACUAUAAUAGUAGUAUUAAAGAACCGCAAGGCGAUCGUGGACUUUCCAUUUUGGGUGAAGCGGUACGCAUUGCUAUCGGAAUUGACGAAUAUAGUGGAUCUAAUAGUGAGAUUAUAACACCAAAUACAAGUGACAAUUCAAGGCUGGUUUCGCAGUGGAAAAUACCUAAUUCAUUGCCUAUCGAUUUAAGGAUAAAAGCUGCAGUCUGUUUACUUUAUUUAGAUCAAUCGCAAUUCGCAGAGAAAAUACUGCAACCUCUGUAUCUUGAAAGUAUUGAAGAAGUUGGCGAUUUAUAUCUCGAUAUUGCUGAUGCUUAUUAUGAAACAGGAAAUUAUAUUUCUGCAAUGCAUCUUUAUGAGACCCUUGUAGGAACAGAACAGUAUAACGCCCCUGCAGUUUGGUUAAGCCUGGGCAAGUGUCAGAUUGCUCUUAAUCAACUCGAAAAUGCUGUGGAAUCGUAUUCACGUGUUGUAGGAAUGGCUCCAGAACAUUCAGGUCCUCGCUCUACAUUGGCUUCAUUAUACCAGCAACUGGGUCAACCACAAAUGGCAUUACAAGUCUUAACCGAACGCAGCACUGGCGAUGAAAAUUUCCAUAAACAAUCUGAUAGUGCUGAAAUUAAACUGGAUCUUAGUUUGUUAGUUCAAAAGUGCAAUUUACUAUCAUCGCAGAAUAAUUUGGAUGAAUUUGCAGAAUGUGGACUUUCAGUGAUGGCUUUUUAUCUGCGAGAGUCAUUUGGUCAGCUUAAUAAAAUGGAAGAGAUUAAUUCUCAUAGAACCGAAAUUGCCUCUAGAAUAGCUAAUAUUGUAGGUGAUGAAGCCAUAAUGACUAAUGAUGAAUGGUGGGCACUUUUUUUAAAGGUUUGCCUUGCUCUAGACAAAACGCAUCGUUAUGCCGAUUUGCUCCAUAUAGAUCUAUCUAUGUUAUGUGCUUCAGCAAGUUAUUUAAAUAGUGAAUAUGAUACUGCGUAUCUAUACAUCAAACCUAUUUGUAUUGAGAACUCAAACAGUAUGGCAAUUUGGUAUCUUUUUAACAAUAUUGUAUUGAAAUUGCGAGAUAUUCGACACAUUCGCUUUUGUAAUCGCUUAUUCGCGAAGAAUUCAUCCAGUAUCCCUUUGUGUAUUUUAAAUGGACAUAACAGUGUGGUAUCGGGAAGCUAUAAAUUUGCCCUGGCUGAUUACGUAUUUGCCUUUUGUCAAAUGCCUGAUCAGCCCUUGUUGGCUUUAUGCAUUGCAAAUACGUAUUUACACAUGGCGACACAAAGAACAACUGCUAAUAAAAAUUACUGUAUUCUUCAGGGUAUAGCUUUUUUAUAUCUUUAUAAAAACCAAAGAGGCUCAUGUCAGGAAGCUUACUAUAAUGUUGGUAGGGCUUAUCAUCAAUUAGGUUUAUUUCAUUUGGCGGUUCAUUAUUACCGAAAAGCUUUACUUACUCCAAUAAGUCGUAAAAAUUUUAUUGAAAAAAAUCAAAGCGAUGUGUUAAAAAAGUACGAUUUAUCCCGUGAAGCCGCCUAUAAUUUAUCCUUAAUUUAUCGUAACAGUGGAUCCGAAGAUUUAGCGCGACACAUUUUGUAUACAUAUUGUUCUAUCUAG